CACUACAUGUCUACACUCUUCUUAGCGGUAGCCUACAUUUGUUUGGAGGGUCGCGGAGUUCGUGUACUUUCUCUGUCAUUUUUGGAGAUUUUUUUCCGACAGCCCGUGAACGCAGCGGCAGUUUCAUUGUGGCCCUGCAGAGCUAAACGCCAUCACACGCAGAGGCUACCGACGAGCAGCACGGCGACACCAGGGCCACCGCCAGCACAGCACGGCACGGCACGGCACGGCACGGCACGGCAGCGCAGUCUUUAUUGCCGUCUCAUAAUUUCGUCAUAACGGCAAUGGAAAUAUAGAGCUGCGGAUUAUUAAACGCGUUGAACUGGGCCUCUGUUUUGGCGGCGCACAAAGCAAUGUGGAGGAAAUAAAAAUCCUGAUACGCUGAAAACCAGAGAUUAUAGAUAAUGGGCUGUGUGCAAUGCAAGGAUAAGGAAGCAACCAAACUCACAGACGACAGAGACACCAGCAUCUCCCAGGGACCUGGCUACCGCUAUGGGGCCGACCCCACGCCGCAGCACUACCCCAGCUUCGGGGUCACCGCAAUCCCCAAUUACAACAACUUCCAUGCCCCUGUUGGACAGGGGAUGACCGUCUUCGGAGGGGUCAGCACUUCCGCUCACACCGGAACCCUUAGGACUCGUGGUGGGACAGGAGUCACCCUCUUUGUGGCACUUUAUGACUACGAGGCGCGGACAGAAGACGACCUCAGCUUCAGGAAAGGAGAAAGGUUCCAGAUUAUCAACAGCACUGAAGGGGACUGGUGGGAUGCUCGCUCACUCACCACCGGUGGCAGCGGCUACAUUCCCAGUAAUUACGUGGCUCCAGUGGACUCCAUCCAGGCUGAGGACUGGUACUUUGGUAAACUGGGCCGUAAGGAUGCAGAGAGGCAGCUGCUGUCCACUGGGAACCCCCGAGGAACCUAUCUCAUCCGGGAGAGUGAAACCACAAAGGGUGCCUUCUCCUUGUCCAUACGGGACUGGGACGAUGUGAAGGGUGACCAUGUCAAGCAUUAUAAGAUCCGCAAGUUGGACAGCGGCGGCUACUACAUCACCACCAGGGCUCAGUUUGACACGCUGCAGCAGCUGGUUCAGCACUACUCAGACCGAGCCGCCGGCCUCUGUUGUCGCUUGGUGGUUCCCUGCCACAAAGGGAUGCCCCGCCUCGCCGACCUGUCCGUCAAAACCAAAGAUGUGUGGGAGAUCCCGCGGGAGUCAUUGCAGCUCAUCAAGCGUCUUGGGAAUGGGCAGUUUGGGGAGGUCUGGAUGGUGAGUGCGGAUGGUUUGUGCUUUAAUUUAACGGGCGUGUGUGUGAACUACAUCCCCGACACUAUGGGCUUGAGUCAUGAUGCCUGGGAGAUCAGCAGAGAUGCACUUGAGUUGGAACUAAAGCUGGGGACAGGAUGUUUUGCUGAUGUGUUUUACGGAACGUGGAAUGGCACCACUAAAGUGGCGGUGAAGACUCUGAAGCCUGGCACCAUGUCCCCCGAGUCCUUCCUGGAGGAGGCUCAGAUCAUGAAGAAACUCCGCCACGACAAGCUGGUGCAGCUCUAUGCCGUGGUGUCUGAGGAGCCCAUUUACAUCGUCACAGAGUACAUGGGCAAAGGAAGCCUGCUGGACUUCUUGAAGGACGGAGAAGGACGAGGGCUGAAGCUGCCUAACCUGGUGGACAUGGCGGCACAGGUGGCGGCGGGCAUGGCCUACAUCGAGAGGAUGAACUACAUCCACAGAGACCUGCGCUCCGCCAACAUCCUGGUGGCGGACAAUCUGGUGUGCAAGAUCGCUGACUUCGGCCUGGCUAGGCUCAUCGAAGAUAACGAAUACACCGCUCGGCAAGGAGCAAAGUUCCCCAUCAAGUGGACCGCCCCAGAGGCUGCGCUGUACGGGAAGUUCACCAUCAAGUCGGACGUGUGGUCGUUUGGCAUCCUGCUGACGGAGCUGGUCACCAAGGGUCGGGUGCCUUACCCAGGCAUGAACAACCGCGAGGUUCUGGAGCAGGUGGAGCGAGGCUACAGGAUGCCGUGCCCCCAGGACUGCCCCAUCUCUCUGCAUGAGCUGAUGCUGCAGUGCUGGAAGAAGGACGCAGAGGAGCGGCCCACCUUCGAGUACCUGCAAGCCUUCUUGGAGGACUACUUCACAGCCACCGAGCCUCAGUACCAACCCGGAGACAACCUCUAAACCCACCCCCCUUUCUCCACCCUGCUCGGGGUCGGGGGCUGGGGCAAGACUGACCCAAUCAGAGCUGUUACAAAACUCUGAAGCCUUCCCAGCCUCUGUACAGCUUCCUGAGCUCAACCCGAGCAUUCCAGUUCCACCACCAUCCCCUAAACACAACCCUCAGUCUCUGACACCUACCCCGAACCCCCACCCUCCAGUGUCUGAACUCAAAUACGAUGUUGAUUAGGGAAGAUGAGGUGGGAUGGAGGAUGGACGGAGUUAGGCGGGGUUGUGAUAAUGCAAUGAAAUACCUGUAUUCAAUGUAAAUAAGAAAGGCUUGUUUUAGUUGAUUUGUUUGCUUCCGUUUCAGAUUUUAUUUUCUGCUGCACAAAAUAAUAAUAAUGAUAAAAAAUGCUAAAAGGCAAAGGAAGAGAACCAUUUCAGCACAGUUCAUCUGUACGUGGAUUAUACUGUAGCUCUGUAUUUUUUUCUAGAGAUUGAAUUGGAAGCCUCAGAUAUAUUUUUUCCCUCAUUUUUCCAUAAGAUGUAAAAAAAUUAUUGCUUUAUAUUGACUUUUCAUUACAUAGUAUCGCAGAGGCUUCUCCAGACGAGCAUGACACAGUCCUCCAUCAGCCUUCCUUUCCUUUCCUAAAACCCUGAAAAGCUUCCACAGAGCGCUAGCUGUUAGGCUGUACGGAACGAGGUCCUUUUACAAACCAUAGACGUCACAUUUUUGUAAAUUACAGCCGAGCGUGUCGGGGUUUUCAACAUCCACGCUUCCGAUUUUGAGAGAAUUUGGGUGGAAAUGUUUCUGUCUUUCUACCACGAGAGUUCAUUUAAGAAGAGAGUAAGUAUGUGUUGUUGGAGCUGUCGUUCCCAGGCCUCUCGUCGUCGGUGCGUGGACAGCGUGGCGUUUUCCCUCGUCUCCUGCACGUCAUCCACUCGAGCCUGAAGAGUGCCGACCCGCGGCUGAACCGGGACCACCUCACCUCCUGACUUCUUUCUACCUUUAUGUUUUACUGACGAGGUUAUAUUCUAUCAGUAUUUGAGUUUUUACAGAGUAUGUUUUUAUUUAACCCUCUAAGUGAUCCUUCCACAGUCAGGUGUACUGUACGUUCAGCAGAGGUUUGGGUCCGGGUCAUGUUUCAGUUCAGAACAGAAACUGAAGAUCUGAAGGGUUGAAUUCAUAAAGAAGAACUGAAGUGAACAUGAGCUGGACCCAGGCCCUGAUCUGGUCUUAAUGCAUUGCCAAUGGAAACUUCUCAUUUUUCAGUUGUACAGCUAAAUGGUUUUAAUUGUGGCUAACUUCCCUCCUUUAUAUCUUUUCAUUUCCAUUUUUUAACAUGACUUGUUUUGUUAUUUUGGUGAUUUGGCGUUUGAAAUUCAGAAAAGAACAAUAAACAUUUUACACUCUU